AUGUCGUGGGUAUCUGUUUUAUCCGACCGUCCGACCGAAACUCAGCUCCCAAAAUGGUCGAAGAAGACGCUCUUCUCCAAAAGAAAGCAUAGCGAUGAAUGGCACCACAACAUCGACUUCCUCGCUGGUGUCCUUCGACCGUCAGAUUCGAAGUUCCCUUGGAUCCUGAUCAAGAAACAUACGGACCACUACAUCAAGAAGAAGGGAAAGAUCAGUCAGGCAGAGAUCGAUGUGCGACUUGCGACAUUGAUCGAACGCCAUGAGGCUAGGGAUGUUGCUAUUGCCGCAUGUGCCCACGCGAUCUCCCCAACUGGGCUGCGGGCGCUAUUGAAUGUCGAGCUGAACGUUGCACCGGCUACAUACUAUGGGCUCGAGAUGUAUCUGCAGUCUCUUAUUGCAGCCAACUACUGCAGCCCAAAAGCAGUCACAGGCCUAGAAGUACAGUGGGCGCGUCAACUUCUUCCUUACGCGAAACAUGGGGCAGGUGUAGCUGGUAGGUAUCUAGAGGGGUUGUGUUCCGCGCUGAGAGCUAUCGACACGCCGAAUAUGAACGUCCUGCCGGAUUUUGCGAUACUCGCCCGACGAGCAUUCAAGAAUUUCGCAACGCAGUUGGAGGGCUACAAGCUAAGAUCGCAGUGGGUGUCAGCGCAGGCUGCGGUAGGAUGGAUGUCGGCGCUGGCACGAACUACGCCGGCUGUUACGCCUCCGGGACACCUUCUACCGGAACACGUACUGGAUGCUCAAUUCCCCAUAUGGCGUAUAUGGGUGGCGUGGAAUCCGAACACAGGGCGGACAAAGUCAUUGGCU